AUCACUUUUUCAUACAGCAAUUAUCAAAACAUCUAAUUAAACGAGAUGCAUCUGAAAACAGUUUGAAUGACAAUAACAACAUUGUGUGCGCCACUGAUGAUGACUGCACUGCUAAUCGACAGCACCUAAUGAACACCAUAUGUCGGGCACAACGGUGUGUCUGUAGGGAUGGUUAUACCAAAACUACUGGUAGUAGUACUACUACCGGUGCUGAUGACACAAACAACAUCUGCAUCGAGAUUAGGGCUAUCAAUGAUGGACACAAUCACAGCACAAACAAUACGGGAACCGGUGAUGAAGUGGUCAGUGGUGUCGGUGGUACUGCCGAUGACGAUAACAAACCCAAAGAAAAAUCCAAUGGCAGCCAUAUGUUGCCCAUAAUGAUAGUGUUGGGCAUAAUGUUUAUCGGGAUGUGUGUGGCACUCAACUUGUUUAGCCGUGCCCGAUUUCGUGAGUCCCGGAGCGGCAUAUUUGCCAAACCCCGACUAAUUAAGUUUAACAACAAUACGACCACCAGUGGUGGCGGCGGCGGCGGCAGCGGUAAAAAACGGCGUACCAGUCCUCCCGGUGCCAAUAUUAUGGUUGAUACUACUGGCCAAGGUGGUGAUGAUGAUAAUGGCCAGGGAGGUAGCGGUAUUGGUGGUGGUGUAGGUGUGGGCGGUCUACCAAAAAACGGAGCCUAUGUUUCGGUAGCACUUGAAUAG